AUGAGUAGAAGAGAAAACUCAUAUUCUAUCCCCAUUGAUCUCAUCAUAGAGAUACUCUCUAAAUUGCCAUUCAAAUCAAUAGCUAGGUUUUCGUGCGUGUCAAAGCCAUGGAGGUCCAUGCUUGCCAGUCCAUAUUUCAAGAAGUUGUUCUUCACCAGCUCCCCGGCACGGCCGCGUCUCUUAUUCUCCGUUCAACGAGAUGACUUUCACAUGAAGUUACAUAAAGACACGCUUACAAGUUAUUGCAGACAUGCCUUUGGUUUGGUCUAUUUCUGGGGGCCUAUGGGGAUGGUAAUAUGUAACCCCAGCACGGGACGGUCGGCUCUUUUACCCAAAGAAGGGAUGCUGAGUUCGAUAAACUAUUUAGGGUUUGAUCCGGUUGACAAACAACUUAAGGUAUUGUCCAUUAACUUUGACAGGUCAGGUCUAAUUUUGACACUAGGAGGAACUGGAGACAAUUCGUGGAGGGAGAUCUCUUGUCCCUUAAACCAUUUUUCUACGGGUGGUUUGUCCGAAGGGAUAUGCAUCAAUGGGGUUUUGUAUUACUUUGCUACACUAAACAAUGGACGUUUUUAUCGGAUUGUUUGCUUUCAUGUUAGGUCUGAGGAAUUCAAGAUUACCUACAAAUAUUUCGUCCAACGAAAAACUAAACUGAUAAACUAUAAAGGUAAACUAGGCGUGAUUACUCUAGAGUAUGAUUAUAACCCUUGGGAUCGGGAUCGUAAUAACCCCAAGGGUAGAAAGUGUUCCCUUAAGUUGUGUAUGUCGGUUAUAAAGGAUGUUGAAAACCCAAACUCGGAAUGGUCCGAACAUUUCUACACUUUUUGGAAGACGAAUCAAUUCUUUGAAUGCAGUCAUGUUUCCGCUUUAUGGGGGAACCAAGUCGUUGAUGGGGAUGUUUCUGUUGUUGGAGUGACUGCCACAGGUGACAUUGUUUUGUAUAUGAAUGAAGCAUCUAAGCCGCUUUAUGUUUUCUACCUCAAUAUCGAAAGGAACACUCUCCAACGAGUUGAAUUCCGAUCUGCUAACCAUGAAGCUUUCGAGAAAUGUAGUGGCGAAGUUAUACUCUCUGUGGACCAUGUAGAGGAUCUUAACUUUAUUAAUAUGGAGACAACAUAUGCUGCAUCAACAUAUAAGUUAAUGGCGUAA